CAAGAGUAAAUCCAUCUCAAGCUUCGACAAAAAAUGGCUUCCAACAUGCCAACUUGCUUUGCAGCAGUCAUGGCGUUGAUGUUAGUGUCCCAAGCUUUUGUUCAGGAAGCCAAUGGGGCGGGUGAGUGUGGGAAGACCCCCAUUCAAUCUGCAGCUGCUAGCUUGAGCUCUUGCUUGAGCGCAGCAGGGAACGCCAAGGCCAAGGUUUCCCCUACUUGCUGCACUAAAGUUACUGCAUUAAUCAACACCGCCCCCAAAUGCCUCUGUGCUGUUGUGCUUUCGCCUUUGGCCAAAAAGGCUGGAAUCAAGCCUGCAAUUGCCAUUACCAUUCCUAAGCGAUGCAACAUCAAAAAGAGGCCCGUGGGCAAGAAGUGUGGAAGUUACAUCAUCCCAUGAGACUGAAGCCCAGAGAAAUCAGCCAUAAGAGGAUUAGUAAGUAUGGCACCUGGAGUGUUUAGGAGAUUGCAGAAUGGUGAAUAAGAGUGACCCAGUUAUGGUCCAUUAAUCUUAGUAUGUAUUGUGGUGAAAUUAUGUUAAAUCUAAUGGAAAUGCGUUCCCAGGCUUUUAUCAA